AUGACGGCAUUUGGAGCGAAGCGUACACGGUACACCUCUGGUCCGAUUCCACCAGACCCGUCGAAUCGCCCAUCGACUAGCAAAGUCGCUGAAGUCGAUUCUGAAGAUUCCGAGGCCGAUGAUGAAGCCUCUGAAGUCUCUGAAGCCGAAAAUUCUGAUUCUGAAGGUGAACAGCGCCCUGCGACGUCAUCGCCAGGUUCGAUUCCGGGCCUGAAAAGGCCGGAUUCGAUUCGCCCACCUCCGGGAAUGAUGAUCCCACCAGCCGACCAGGCCCUCUUUCGCCAGCUGCCCGGCCAUGGCCAAUUCUUCCAGCAACAGGCCCAUCCUUACGAUUAUCAACCACACAUCGCGAUGCCGCCGCGACGCACCGGCGGCCGGCGCCCCAAGGAGGAGAUCCAG